GAGGGGACAUUCAGAGGGAAUUACUGAGGAGUGAAGAGAGGCAGAGAGAGAGAGAGAGAACGCUGAGAAGCAGCAUCCUGCGGGAUUCAUCGAGAGCUGAAAGAAGGUCUAUAAGAAGGGAGAGAGAGCUGAGAGGGGCCAUCCAGACUGACCUAUCGAGAACUGAGAGGAGGGAGAGAGAACUGAGGGGGAAUAUUCAGACAGAGAGAGAGAGGGAUGGGUUUCUAGAUAGGAAAAGGAGGGAGGACCUUGAAAGGACCACUCUUCCGCCAGUACAUCGCCCCUGACCGCCUGAGAGAUAGAGCGAAAGGGAGCCCCUUGCCGGAGACGGAGAGCAGGACUCUCCAGGAAAGGAGAGAGGGGAUUGACCCAGAUCUCAUAGGCGAGAAAGUGUGUUCUGAAAGGGGCUUCCCAAGAGAUAGAGAGGGUUUUGAAAGGCAUCAGUCAGAAGAGAGUGGGGAGAGUCCUCGGGUGUGCUUCCAGGAACAGAGCUCUCAGGAGAACCUUCAGAGAGUGCCAUCUCCCUGCCCUGGCUUGAGACAGAUAGUCUUGAGGAAUUCAUGUAGGUAAAGACAGAGAGUGGCAGACUCUGAGAGAGAAUUCAACUUGGGGGCAGAGAAGAGAGCGCCCUGAAAAAAAAAAAAAAAAAGGCAGAUCACCCUGCAGAGAAAAAGAGCUGAGCAUAGAUAGUGCAGAAAAGAGGAGUAAACCGAAAAUUUGGGGAAGAUCCCUGGAGAAGAGCCAUCAGAGAGCCCAGGGCAAAAACUCCCAAGGGGGAGGGGGGGGGGGCGAGUGAAAGAUUUAAGAAAACAGGAGAUGAGAAAGCCUGAGAGGAGAAAGUUUUAAAAACAAAGGAAAGUGUAGACAAGACAUCUGAGAAAAAUAAUUAAGACAAAAAGUUAAAAAGGAAAGCUUCCAUUAAGAUAGGAGAAAGGGGAAAAACAGCUAAGAAAAAAGGUAUUGACAACUCGGCAGCUCACCUCCCCCAUACUCCAUUCCCUGAGCAAUUAAGAGGAAAACAAAAUUUAUUCCCUUCCUGGCUCCUAACAUAGAAAAAAAAAAAAAAGAACUACUUGUGCCUUUCCCUCAGUCUGGGCAAAAGGUCUAAUUUCCCAGUCCUAAGGCUUUACUUCCAAUCUUCCAGUUUGGGGUUCCUGGAUUGGACAGGGCACAGGCCCUGCUUCCUUUUUCAGAACCCUCUCUCCUAAUCCUCUCUGAGUCAUCAUGUCUACCAGCAAUUAUAGCUUCAAGAACCGGUGUGUAUCUAUCCUGUGCUGCAAAUUCUGUAAGCAAGUGCUCAGCUCUAGGGGGAUGAAGGCUGUCUUGCUGGCAGACACUGAGAUAGACCUUUAUUCUACAGACAUUCCUCCAACCAAUGCUGUGGACUUCAUUGGAACCUGUUAUUUUACUGAAAUCUGCCAAUGCAAACUGAAGGAUAUCGCCUGUUUAAAAUG